AUGGACGAAUACUUACUGGCAUCCCAGGGCCCGCGAGGCCUAGACGGUUCCGCCACGCCGACGCCGUCCUCUCCGACCUCCAGCAUAGCGCACUCGGACCGGACCCCUCCGGCGGCCCCUAUGCUGACCCAAAUAUCUGGAGACCUGGCAACCAUCACUAACAACAUGCUCACCCGCAAAGAUAAAACAGACAUGGUCGCGGAAUUGAAGGCUGUCAUCCUGGAGGAGAUCACAGCGGUCCGCAGGGACCUCUCAGCCCUGGAACAACGCGUAGAUAGCCUGGAGGAAGACCGCCUGCAGCACGCCCAAACAAUGCAUGCGGCAGAACUGGCUACAGGGCGGCAGGGAAACAUUCUCCUGGACAUCCGCCGCCAAGUGGAGGACCUCGACAACAGAGGUCGUCGCAAAAAUAUAAGGGUCCGAGGCCUCCCAGAAACUGAGGGAGAAAUCCCUCAAGAAGUCCUAACAGGCCUGUUCACACACCUCAUGGGAAGCGAGGCUCCUAGUGACUUCGGUCUGGAGAGGGCGCACAGGGCCCUGCGGGCGCUUAGAAGGGACGGCCUCCCACGAGACAUCAUUUGCUCCCUAGAAUCCUUCCAACUAAAGGAGGCCAUAAUGCAAGCAGCAAGGGCGCAGCAAAGGAUCACAUACAUGGACUCCCAAAUCUCCCUCUAUCAGGACCUGUCCACAAUUACCCUAGAUGCCCGCCGAGCGCUCAGACCACUGACACGGAUGCUGCAAGAGAGAAGGAUACCAUAUAAAUGGGGGUUCCCAUUCAGCCUCCAAGCUCGCUCAGGCAAUGUCUGGCACAUAAUCCGCUGGCCGAACGACGUCCCCUGCUUUCUACAAGCUGCGGGCCUACCCAUGAUACAGAUCCCGAAUUGGAUCCUGGAGGGUCCCCCAGCCCGGGCCACGGGCCCGUUGGAAGUAGCACACAACCUCCGCUCGGGACCCACUCCACCACAACGCAAGGGAGGCCCGGAGAACUCAGAAGAAUAAACCAGUACCGUCCCUGAAUAGCUACGGAAACUUCCUCCCUGAGCCGCUCCGACACCAAGACCCUGCUGCCGUGACCCCUCUCCCCAUCGGAAUCCUUCCAGCCCGGAACUCUCCACGCACCUGCCUGCCAGGGGUAUGUACUCUUCCACUAUACUAGCUAGGGGACAAGGGUCCUCCCUGCCUAGGUGGGGUGGCGGGGCAGCCCGGGGGUCAGCUAUAGAGGUUAGAACCACCCAGACCUACCCAAUACCAAGCACCUACAGCGGGGUACCCUGUCAGGUUGGGUGGGGGGGAAUUCCAUGGGAGAGGGGAUAAAUGGGACGAUGUGGAACUCCCCAUGGACGGCAACCAGGCCCUCAACAAGCCGAAUUCCCUAACAAAACAGUCGCUAAACGUAGCUGCUCAACGGACAGCGGACCAAACUGAUGCCGGGCGGACAGGGGGGGCUCCGGGAGUGGGUGGUGGCGGUUGGGGAACGGGGGACACUUGUGUCACAUGUUAGGAACCCGAGUGGUAGAUGGGGUGUCCCACUACUGUACAUAUUCCACUAGACAAGUUAAUGCCCACGGUUACCACAAAGAGCGCCCACCAGAGUAACACAUAUGCACUGGUCAUGCACUAGAAGAGACACCCUGUGCGUCACACCAGGCCCAUUACACUAGCGAUCACAUUGGGAGGGGCUAAGAGUGCACAUAAGUGAACCAGAGAGAUGUACGGGCGUCUAGGGCAUGGCAAAGGCACAAUACUCGGGAUUCGCAGGGGACGAACUAACAGAUAAGGAGGGGGGGAUGAUGGACGCAUCACGCGGACACAGAAGACAGACUGGGGGGAUCAGGGACUGCACGGCCUAUAACGUAGCAAAACAUUGACAGUAACCCAGCUGCAGGCACGAACCACCCCCCCCACACAAUCCACCCCUGACGCGCAUGUGCACUCACUCCUGCUCCGCCACGUGUCACGCACGCUACACUUACCAGAACAUAACGAGGCAGACACACUAUCACGACGCCGCACACCCCCGAUAUGCCCCAAGCAUGAGAAGCCCCCCAAGACAGACGGCAACGGGGCCCCUAGAUGACAAGACUUGGGACCCGAACAGCGGUCCUUGGGCCCGUGUAGCGGAAUCCAAGCCACGGGCAGACAUCAAGGGCUCCACUCCGGGACGAACAGACCCGAACACAGCCCGUCUGAUUCCACGCCGACAGGAGGUGAGACCCCACGGCCCGGCGCCACUGACUGUUACGGACCCGCCGCGCACACAUACACCAAUUCUUCCCAAGAACACCGCGGAACCCCGACCCAAAUACGGCCAUGAGCGAGCCAGGGAGUCGAACAGACAGCCACAAACACACACAACGAAGGGGGAGACUGGGAGGGACACGCCCUUUAAAAGCACACAACAAGAUACACAAAUGGCCCCACAGCGACAUGUGAGAACUUGCUACCAUGCACCCCAUCUUCAACACUACACCGAGAGACAUAGCUACUACGAAAGCCCAAAUCAGGUUGGGAGCUGAAGGAGACAGUAGAUGACGACCGACCACUAGACCGAGCCACUCCAUUGGUCAAGACGACACCGAGCCUCACUGAGACAGACCCUCCUGUAAAUUAUACCGGAACCUCAGGGAAGGUCAGGUAACCAACUCCCGAGAACCCCCAAAAUCCGGUACAGGGUCGACGUCACACCCAAACUAACCCCGUUCGCGGGUCCUCCUGACCCCAGAUAACCCCAUCCUCCUAGAACCCGCAUUCUAGACGACAUCCUUCCCCUCACCCCUCCAGUGCCGCUGCGAGUGGGGCCCCCUCCCUCCUCCCAAAAUGGCUGCCACCCGGGCGUUUGCCCCGGCCCAGCUGACGUAUUGGUCUAACAACGUCCAGGGACUCAACUCCCCGGAAAAACGGGCCCACUUGCACCGUCGACUGUGGAGCGCUAAAGCCUCCGUAGUUUUCCUGCAAGAAACCCAUCUCAAAGGUGGAGACGCACCUAAACUAGAAAACCGGCGCUUUCCUCUGGGAUUCUACGCUAACCACCCCGACACCAAAAAAGCCGGAGUCGCGAUUCUGUUCGCUCACUCGGUACCAUUCCAGAAUACACAAACUCUAGCAGACCCGAACGGGAGGUACCUCUUCCUGAGAGGCACCAUCGCAGACCAUGAAUACACCUUUGCGUGCUUAUACGGUCCAAACAGAAAGCAACAUAAGUUUCUACGCCAGGUGCUAGCCAAACUGGAAAAGUUCAGAGGGGCCCUGCUAAUCGUAGCAGGAGAUCUAAACAUGCCGCUGGACCCCAUACGAGACACCUCGAGGGGCCAAAGUGCGAUCCCCACACACUGCCUGAAAGCCGCACAACGAUUCUUACACAAGAUGGGGCUAGUGGACUGCUGGAGGACAUACCACCCAGACGACCGAGACUAUACCCACUACUCCGCGGUACACGCACACUAUAGUCGAAUCGACUACAUUUUCAUGGCCCAGGAGUAUCUUAACCUAUUACGUAGCGCAGACCUAGGCAUCAUGGACCACUCUGACCACGCACCGGUACUGAUCGAUACACAAUCCCCGCUCUUUAAACCCAGAGAAAGACAGUGGAAGCUUAAUGAAUCCAUGCUGGACGACUUGGAAUUUACCACCGCUAUGAACCAAGCCCUAACUGACUACUUCACGACGAACGAUAGUCCGGACAUACAGCCGCUGACUCUCUGGGAAGCACACAAAUGUGUAGUCCGAGGACACCUUAUCACAAGCUGCACCAGACGCAAAAAACAAAGGACGACGCAAAUUGCUAACCUGGCAAGCCGCAUAGCGGAGCUUGAACAAACCCAUAAAUCCACUUUGGAUGACAGCACAUACCUCCACAUCACGGAAACUCGCAGAGAGCUUCGAGAUAUAUUAACCCAAGGACGACUCCACACUGCCAGGAAAACAUCUCGAUACUUCUACGAACAUUCGAAUAAAAGUGGACGACUGCUGGCAAAGAUGCUCCAAGAAAAACGGAGAACACGACACGUCCACAAGAUACACACGAAAGAAGGUGCCAUCACCCGGCUCCCGGAGGGCAUCCUAACGGCUUUCAAAGAGUAUUACAAGACGCUAUACGACCAAGCACAACACAAAACGGGACAUACGGCGACACACCAUCAGGAACGGAUAGCUACAUACUUAGAAGAACAUAUCACCCGCAAACUGACACCUGAACAAGAGGCCGACCUGGAACUACCCUUGACAAUUGAGGAAUUAGCGGGAGCUUUGAAAACAUCCAAGCCCCACAGGGCUUCAGGACCUGAUGGCCUCCCUAUCGCGUAUAUACGUACCUUUAAGGACAUUCUCCUUCCUAGACUCCUCACCGGGAUCAAUUCCAUCCAAGAAGGAGGACGAUUCCCUAAAGACACCCUGAGAGCGACGGUCGUGAUCAUACCGAAGGAAGGAAAAGACCCAACUAAUUGUGCCAGCUACCGACCAAUCUCUCUGCUAAACGCGGACAUAAAACUCUUCGCCAAAGCCAUGGCCACCAGAGUAGCGCAAACGCUCCCCGACCUGAUACACCCGGACCAGGUAGGGUUCAUACCCGGGAGGGAGGCCAGGGACAACACCAUCCGAGCCCUUAACAUCAUGCACACAACAGUGGCCGGCAAACGAGAUAUGGUGCUUCUAUCCACCGACGCCGAAAAGGCGUUUGACCGGGUAGACUGGAACUACAUGGCAGCGACCCUGAGCCACAUGGGGUUUGGCCCGCGAUUGCGAACCUGGGUAGCCGCACUAUACACCACGCCGUCAGCACGCAUACGAGUCAAUGGAGCGCUGACCGACUCAUUUGGCAUAAGCAACGGCACAAGACAAGGAUGCCCCCUAUCCCCCCUUCUAUUCGUCCUCACUCUCGAACCCUUCCUUGAAGCGGUUAGACAGCACGGGGCGAUCACGGGACAUAGCAUAGGCGGCAAGGAACACCGAGUAGUGGCUUACGCCGACGACAUGCUCUUUUUCCUGGAGCAACCUAGGGUAUCGACACCAAACCUCCUGGACGCAUUUCGAACUUACAGUGAGGUAUCCAACCUUAAGCUAAAUCUGGACAAAUCCGAAGCAAUGCUGCUGACGAGGGACAUGGCUCUCCAGCAACACAUCCAAACGCAAUUCCCCUUCAGAAUAUGCACCUCCAAAUUGCGAUAUCUUGGCGUCUGGCUACCUGAGGACACGACGCACAUAUACCAACUGAACUUUGCGCCCCUUCUAGCUACCCUACAACAAGAUAUAAAACGGUGGACGGCCCAGUACAUCUCAUGGUUUGGCCGCAUAAACGCAAUAAAAAUGAAUGUCAUGCCUCGCAUUCUAUACCUAUUCCAGACACUACCAACAACCAUCCCAAGAGGGUUCUUUCAAGCGAUAACGACUACCAUCCGACAGUUCGUCUGGAACCACAAACCAUCACGCGUGAAACGGUCCACCUUAGAACGACCAAAAAGCCAGGGCGGAACGGGACUUCCGUCGAUCACCACAUACUAUCAGGCAACCCACAUACAUCGACUGGUCGACUGGCACGCUAACCCGACCACUAGAUCCACAUAGAAAUACAACAAGCCCAAGGCAAAAUCCCCGCCCAACUGUGGCUGGGCGAAGCAUCUCUUGGGAACUUACGCACGGACAACCCAGUGAUAAAUGCCACGCUGCAGGUCUGGUGCAAGGUACGUUACACCAGGAACCUCACGACGUCUCCCAACCCGCUUACACCUAUUACUAA